AUGGAGUCGGCAUAUCUCAUCCAGGCCCAUGACCACGCUCGCACCGCCGCGACAGCGACCAGCACCAACAGCGUCGCAACCGCGGGGCAGGAGCACGACCUCGCCGCGACCGCCUUUCACAAUGCCCAACAAGAUACCCAUGAUGCUGAGGCCCGCCGCAUCCUCACCCUUCUCGAACAUCACCAUCGCCAGCUCGCCGGUCUGAUCAAAGAAGCGCCGCGCAAGGAGAAGAAGAAGACGGACACCACCAAGCAGCCUUCCGACGCCCUAACCGUCUCCCCUUCCGCAAAUACAUCGUCGUCGCGAACAUCCGCAUCCAACACAUCUUCCCCGACUCCUCCGACAUCUCGCCGCAGACUCCCCCAGUCCUCGAUAGCCACCAACCUCGCUGAGAAGCGCGGUAUACCCAGCGCGAAGAGAACCACCAGUGGUGCUUCAGCAAACGUACCAGGCGCCGCAGCUGGCUGGAGUGAACAACCAUCCACACCGGUACGGGACCUCUUGGCGCAACAGUCGCGCAAAGCGGAGUCAAGUGCCCCUAGAGAUACGGCCAAGCAGCUGAAAGAUGUCUCCUCACGGCCUGCGUCUCCGCCUGCCGAAGAUAACUUCAGCCGCUUCUAUUCAGCUUUUGGCGGUGUCAUAUCAGCCAUCAGUGCCCCACUAGCUUUCACCUCCUUACCGCUCAAUCCUUCGGCGCCGACGCCUGUAUCCGAGACACCCAGGGAAGAAAAGUCAUCCAAGACCAAGUCCCGGACUCAGUCUCCAGAAGCGUCAAGGACCGUCAAAUCCUCAGUACCUGACCUUGCUGCGUUGAUAAGCAAGCCUGCACUUCGCGCCCUGAGAGAGGAUGGCGCACCUGGUCCAAACGAGAGCUUCUACCUGGUGCCAACAUCAGGCGGAGCAGUCACAUAUGCCAGUAUCCUUCGCGAUCCGAAUGCGCCAAAUGCGCCACCCAACACACAACUUAAUGCAAUCGACGAGGGCUCAGGCUCGUUGAGAGGGAGUUCACAUGAAGAAUUCGUCGAUGCGCGAGAGAAUGUAGGCCCGCCGUCACCCACCAAAGCACGUCGUCCCCCUUCUCGCGGCAACUCAAGCACAUCUGUAACGCCCCAACGCUCCAUACCAGCCGGUAGAGGCUCAGGCCUCAAGACUAUGGAAGAGCUAGCCCUAGAAAACGACACCUUGAAAACCGUCAUCGACAAACAAGCCAAACGCAUCCAGAUGUGGGAACUCAAUUCCCAAAACUCCUUCAACGCCCUCGCACAGUCGUUCCGCGCUCGAGGCCCCGGACGUGGCUCCAGCGACCCCAAUGCGCUUGCCCAGGCCCUCGCUGCUCAGGGUAUCAACCAUCUCCCUGCUCUCCCCUCCCCUCCUAUAUCAGGUCAAACACAAAAACAGCAACCUACAUCUCCCGGUCAAGCCCCGACUUCAACACCCGACGCCGAUGCCGCAAAACGUAUCGCCGACCUCGAAGCCAUGCUUGCUUCGCAAAACGCCAAAGUCAAUGACUUGAUGAGUAACAAUGAGAAGCUGGCUAAGCAAAAUGAGAGGAAUACGCAGGUUCUGAGUAGAUAUAGAGAGCAGUGGGAGAAACUAAAGGCUGGUGCGAGGAAGAAGGAGCAGGAAAGACGGGAGAGAAAGGGUGAGGAUGGUAAGGUUGGGGAGUCUACGAAAGAUAGCGAGAUUACUGAGGCGCAAGGGGAAGGUGAGGAGGAUCUGGAAGAGGAACCUGGGUUUGGGAAGGCUUGA